UGUUAUGGUGCUACAGCUUUCUGACCUUUCUUCUCCUACUAGGCGACACGUAUGGCGGCAUGUCGAAGAGCAGAGUGCGACGUCAAGAUUCAUCCGCACAAAAUGGUCAGUUGAUAGACAGCAUCUUCAACAUUCCGAUCACAGCGAUUAGACAAACCGCUUCCGCUGUCCAAAUUGUUUCGCCAGGGAACACGCAGAGAAUUGACAGUAUUGUUAAGAUCCCCGUCUCAACUUUACAAGCUGUCGGCACACUUGUCAAAACUACAAGGGAGCAAAGCCAACAAAUUUCGGAAAAUAUUCAAGCUCGUCAAGAGAGGAGAGAACGGAUAUUAGCUAUAAAGGAACAAAAGAGGAAGUUCAAAGAAAGAAAAGAGGAAAUUCAAAAUCAGCGAUUGUUGCAGCGGCAAUUGAAGAGAACUGUUAGACAUCACAAGGAUCCAUUUGGAUUAAACGCAUUGAGUGAUCUUUUGAUUGGACAUCGCGCUGGUGGACUUUUAGGGCACCAGUCUGGAUUGGGUGGUAUUCACAGGCUUCGUAGAGGUCAUAAAAUUGGUAACGGUUUUCACAAACACGGAAUUCAUCAUGGUAUUCAUGGUGGACACCUGGGAAAUCGUCCGCAGCAUACCUACGAGGUACAUGAGGAUGUUAACGAAGAUACAUCUUUCUCUUGGCCAGGUUUGACCACAGGGUUUGGCACUUUUACUGGAAUCCGACCUUUCAGUACUACUAUCAAAAUCGAAAACAAAGUUGCUCCUAAAGAGAAGAUUAAAAAUAAACUGACGCACAACUAUGACGAUCCGUUGGAAAAUAAAAUUGCUCCUAGAAAUGGAAAAGUAUCAUUUAUGCAAUAA